UGGCAGCAUGACAUCACCGCUGGAUUUGGAGACAGAGACGCGCACGGAGAACGCUGAGGCCACAUUAAUCCAAUCUGCACCAGCCAAGUAAAUAUUGGCUUCUUUAUUUCUCGCACUUUCUCCAGGUGGCUUUGGAUAACAGGUAAAGAAUACAGGCAAUGUUCCGUCCAAAACUGGCCACAGACCGAGAAGGAUUUAUCGGCAUGGCCUGGAUUUAGGACCGUACAGCUUCAGCAUCAUUAUUAUCUGACGGUACUGGAUGUCCCCUCCCCCACCACCCCGUUUACGGAUGGUCCGGUUAUAGGCGUCUUUUCUUCUGUGCAAGAUAAACAACAACAACAACAACAACAACAACAAAGCGAAUUCCAGUGCACGGACGGAUAUUUAUCACGUCCCGGCGUUUGUCGAGGUCAGAUUGCGUUGCCUUGUGUGUCGCGAGGUGAUGCACACAGCUGAGCACGGGGACUCGCGCGCGCACGCCAACCGAAGCUGUUCGUGGUGCUGAAGGCGGCUGAGAGAGCGCGCGAAGAAGCUGCGAGGAGUAUGGCCGCCGGCAAGCUGCUGCUGUACGCCGGUCUUUCUCUGUCCCUGUGCGCGCUAGGCAUGCUGGCUGUAGCCGUGUGCUCCGACCACUGGUACGAGACGGACGCCAGGCGCUAUCGCGAGCGGUGCAGAAGCUUCUCGAGCCGCCGCAAGGACCCGGGUUUCAUCUACAUCCCCAACAACAGCCUGCCGCUGCGCGCCAGCCGCUCGCGACUCGACCGCUGGGAAGGCAAGCUGCUCGUGACGCGCAACCGACGGCAGCUUUUCGCCAUGAGCGCCGCUGAUGAGUGCAGCCGCCAAUACAACUCCACCAACAUGGGCCUGUGGAGCAAAUGCCACCGCCUCGGGUUCGACCAGGACAUCGAGGACCUGAUUAGAAAAGGUUCUAUUGCACGAUGCUCCUAUAUCAAAUACCACUAUUCCUCAGCCACGAUACCCAAGAAUCUGUCCUACAAUAUCACCAAGACCAUCCGACAGGACGAGUGGCACUCUUUGCACCUGCGCAGGAUGACGGCGGGCUUCAUGGGCAUGGCUGUGGCCAUCAUCCUUUUCGGCUGGAUCAUUGGCAUGCUCGGCUGCUGCUGGGACCGAGGCCUCAUGCAGUAUGUGGCAGGUCUGCUCUUCCUCAUGGGCGGUACCUUCUGCAUCAUAUCGCUGUGCACCUGUGUAGCAGGAAUUAAUUUUGAGCUUUCCCGCUAUCCGCGCUACCUGUACGGCCUCCCGGACGACAUCAGCCAUGGUUACGGCUGGUCCAUGUUCUGUGCCUGGGGAGGUCUGGGUCUGUCACUCAUCGCCGGCUUCUUCUGCACGCUGGCUCCCUCCGUUCAGCCGAUCCCACGCUCCACCUGCCCCAAAUCCCGGCAAGAAAACGGCACGGUGUGUUAAGUAGAGGCUUCUGACAAAGCCAGCGUGUGGCCGUGUGCCGAGUGAAAAACAUACAAACAAUAAGACGACUGAUUAUCAAAAACCAUACGUUUGUUCCCCCGAGUCAUUUCUGAUCUCACCAAUCAAACGCCAUUUUGUGUGACUUUGCAAAUAAGAAUCCUGAUUGUUCCAUGACAAAAAAAAAAAUUAAAAGAAUGAAAGUCAGUAUGUUUUUGAGAUAUAGAAAUGGAGAUACCACACAGGAAGACUUUACUUUCAGGAUUAUUAUCUUUUUCCCAUGAGACCGUUGGGAAGAGCAGCAUGAAACGGCGACUAACAGAGACUUGUACAUCAGUAUGUGAAAAUACAGCAGCAUGAAACUUGAAAGGUGUGUAAGAGUUUCUAGCUGUUCUUAGUUGUCUCUUUAUUGCUAAAUUGGUGCUUUUGGGGUUGAUAAAAAAAAAAGAAAUCCCAAUAUAGUAUAUGUGUUUUGUGUUUGAAGAGCUACUGAACUGGAUACGGUGCCAAUCUAUAUCUAAGGAGGGUAACAGUGCAAAUGGCAGCAGAAACAUUUUGGAGCAAUGGAUUCUGUGACACAAUUAGACAAUAUAGUUUUUGUGAACUGGAGCAGCACUGGAUACUGGAUGCAAAACACAGCCGUUCGUUCUGCAGACAAGAAAUCGGUACUGUUAGAGAACAUUUGGAGGAAUGGUUCCAGUAUCUCUACACUGCUAUAUUGCAAAUUGUAAAGAAUAUUCCAGAACAAAUCAUGACCUUGAUGGAGGUUUGGGAGAGUUUCAUUUCUUCCAUCAUCCAACAGGAUUGUUUAAAUGUUUUUAACAUGGUACUCCACCUUUUUUUUUUCUUUCUUUCUUUGUUUUGGUCUGCUUGAUUUUUUUCUGUCAUUGACAUGUACCAGGAAUGAGUGUGAGUGUAUAUGUGUGUCCUCCAUUUUGCUCUCAUGGAUACAUGUUUGUGUGGGAGGGUGGGUAAAGAUUCUGUAGAGAAAAGGAUAGGGGGGAAACAACUGUGUCAGAAAAAAAAUAAAUCAAAUGCCAGAAACUUUCAACUCAAUAGGUUAGCUCUUUGAUACACAGAAAAAAAGAAUCAAAAAAGGAAAGAUGCCACAUCUUGUCGGAAAAGAAGAAAGCACAGUUUUCUAGAGACAAUGACAACUCGGCAUCACAGGAGCUGUCUGUGAGAUGGCACUUAUUCCAUUUGAUAAGGAAGAAGCCCUUUGUUCAAAGCGAGCUUCCUGUUAUUGUGAUGCCCUUUUUAACGGGCUCAUUAAAAAGACCCAGUGUUUGCAUGCUUCUUAAUUACAAGAGACAUUAGUGACAGAGAAAACGUGGCACCUUCGUCGAAAAGAGCUUCGGAAUAAUGGAAGGAGUGGCUAUCAAAUAAAGCACAAGAUUAAUGCGACCUGUAAGGUCUGAAUACUGUUGGGCCCUUUCAAUCCUAGAUCAAGCCUUCAUCUGCUCGCUUUGCAUUCAAUUUCAUUUUUCCUCAGUAUCAAUUAUUAAUGUCCUAAGAGAACCGUGUAGUGUAUCUAAAAAGCUCGCUCCCAUCUCAGAGAAGGUGUCCUCAGUCUCAGCCUGGCCUAAUUGUAUUGUGCCACUGUUUGUGGAGUCUCUCAUGUCUAGAAUCAAUCUGAAAUGCUGGGCCAUGUUCUCUCAGUCAGUAAUUGUAGGACUAAUGCAGACCUGCCAGCCCUGAAGAAGAAGAACAUGUAGUGCCACUGAAAAUGGGGAGCAGAAAUGCAGUAAACACUAUAAUUGUAUUCUCAAUAUAGUCUCAACAGAUGUUUUUAGGAUUUGGGAAAAAAAUUAUUGAUUUAAUUAUUUAUUUCUAGUUUUAGAAUAAGAUUGAGAAUCAAUGACAAGGGAAAAACUCCCUGGGAUGACAUGAGACAGAAACCUUACCUAAACCAUUACACUCAAAAAGCAGUCUAUUCUCUUCUAGGUGACACCAGAUUGCACGAUUAGGAGUCAUUACUCUAUUAUUGACUAUAAAAUCAAACAGAAGUGAGUGCGUUGACUGGAUCUUCAGUUUGAGGGUCAUUAAUGACAUCAGGUCCUAACUUUUGAAAUUAAAAGUGACCAUUUUGGUGACCCAGUUUCAGUGGUUGAAAUGUUGGUGCAGCCCCAAUAAACAUAGUUAAGUGUUGUUAUCUAUGUGUUAGCUAAUCCAAACUUGUAUGAAUAGAUUUAAUUUCACAUUAAUGGCGAAGGCGAAGAUGGCACAUCUUUUACGCAGGUGAAAAACGUCAUCCUAAAUAUUAAUAAUUUAAGGGGGAGGGGCUUUCAGCAGGUAUCAGUUAAUAUUUGAGAGUCCAGAGCUGUCAAUCAUUCCAGAGUUAUAUAGGUGUAUAUAGUGGAAAAAGACAGGUUUGGGGAAUAUUUCUAGUCCUAUUGCACUUUGAUGUGAAAAUAUCUACGCAAAUUGCAUAACUGUAGGUGAACAAGACGUGAUGGAACAGCUUGGGUCUUCGUUCAUCUGAGCUCUGUGGUCUGGAGGGUAAAGAGGUUUGGCUGCAAAAUGUUAACGCAGUUAGCUAUGAAAUUACAUUAGACCAACCUAUAGGACCCAGAUGGAAACCCAUGUCCCUGAUUACUAGCUUCUCACAACUGCAACGAUGUAUGGAAAUCUGGUCUCAAAGGAAAAUUGUAUAAGCCCAUCUGGUCUUAUAUAAGAUGGUGUUCCUGGACACACUUAAAAGGAAAAAAUAUUUAGGCUAUUUCAGUCUGCGAGGAUUACGCAACCAGGCAUUGAUAUAAACGGGGUCGCAUCCAUUCCUCACUGGUGAAAAGCAGAUGAGCUUUUUUCCCAUCAUUUCUUAUCCGGAGGCUGCAGGCCAGCGCCACUACAUCUGCUUUAUCAUAGCUAGAAAACAAACAUUACGACAUCAUACAUCAGACAAUUCUCAUUUCUUAUCAACAUCAUUGACUUUUCUUUUUAAAAAGCAUGUGGCCAGCAUAAACGCACAUGACAUAGUGUUCGAAUGAAUGAAUGAGUGAAUGAAUUAAUUGAUUAAAUGUAGACAUUUCAGAUGCUUAGCACAGAUCAGGCCAAGAUAGUAAGCAAUUUUUUACCCUUAUCUCCACAAUCCAAAUUCUCAGUACAUACAUCCCAGAUUGUAAUAUUUCUGAUUCUGCUUUACUGAAGCAACUAUUUUAUUAAAAAGAGAAAUAUGGUUAUACGUUCAGCCAUUACGGGACGUUCAGAUCAAAGCUGUGUUCAUCAAACCAACAUGGGAAAAGAAUUUUUAGACAUAUCAUGUUAUCACUCCAUCCAACUAACGUCUGUGUUUACAUGAAAGCAGCCAAACAUGCGUAUUGUGUCUUUUUGUUUAAAGAACAAGCAUUUGUAUGUUUGGGUAUAGCGUUCUGAGUGAGUGGGAAUAUAUUUUUUCCUCCAUACGUUGUAAAAUAGUAGCAGGAUAACAGAAACUGCAACUUUCAUUUUUAUGAGAAUUAAAAAUCUAAGGACUUAUCGAAUCUUUUUCAUCAGUAAUGUGUCUGUUGCAUAAAUCCAAAAAAAAAAUGUACAAAAAAUGAAUAAAAAAAAAAAUCCUGAAAUGUUAAAACUGUGGAAUGUAAAACCAUAAAAUAAAAUGUCAUUGGUGUG